AGGGCGCAUGCGCCGGGCCACCGGGAGGGCGGGGGCCGGCCUCUAGUGGCGAGCGAGCUGGCGGUCGCCGGUGCCCGUCUGUCUCCGCUGCCGCCGCUAUUCAGAGACUAGCGGUCGCCCCGCAGCGUCCGCGCCCUCCCUUCCCCGCCGGGCCCGGCCGCGCCUAGUCCUGCCCCGCCAUGAAGUUGAGCGGCCGCGGCCGGGGAUGCUGCGUGGCCGGCAGCCGGGAGCGCGGGCCGCCGCCGCGGAGCCCCUUCGUGCACCAGCUGCGCCUCAGCCCCCUGGAGAAAGCCAAGAUUGCCUUCAUGACCUUGACUCUGUUUCCUAUCCGACUCUUUUUUGCUGCUUUUAUGAUGUUGCUGGCCUGGCCUUUUGCAUUCAUUGCUUCAAUGGGAUCUGACGAGCAAGAGCUUGAAAAGCCCCUCUCCUGGUGGCGAAAGAUAGUGGAUAUUUUGCUGAAAGCAAUCAUGAGAAUGAUGUGGCUUGCUGGUGGAUUCCAUUGGAUAAAUGUAAAAGGCAGACGGGCGUUGCCGGCGGAAGCAGCAAUAUUAACUGUGGCUCCCCAUUCUUCCUACUUUGAUGCCAUUCCAGUAACUAUGACCUUCGCCUCCAUUGUGAUGAAAGCCGAAAGCAAAGAUAUUCCUGUUUGGGGAACUCUAAUCAAAUACAUCCGACCAGUAUUUGUAUCUCGGUCAGACCAGGAUUCUCGCAGGAAAACUGUCGAAGAGAUAAAGAGGCGUGCUCAGUCUGAUGGUAAAUGGCCACAGAUAAUGAUAUUCCCAGAGGGCACUUGCACAAACCGAUCCUGUCUAAUUACAUUCAAGCCUGGAGCGUUUAUUCCCGGAGUUCCUGUACAGCCAGUGGUUUUACGUUAUCCAAACAAACUGGAUACAAUCACGUGGACGUGGCAAGGGCCAGGAGCGUUAGAAAUUCUGUGGCUUACUUUGUGUCAGCUUCACAAUUCUGUGGAAAUUGAGUUUCUACCCGUGUAUAUUCCUUCAGAAGAAGAAAGAAAAAAUCCAGUGUUAUAUGCCAAUAACGUCAGACGUGUAAUGGCAGAGGCGUUGGGAGUACCAGUGACAGACUAUACAUUUGAAGACUGUCAGCUAGCUUUGGCUGAGGGACAACUUCGUCUGCCUUCAGACACAUGUCUUUUAGAAUUUGCAAAACUUGUGAGAAGUCUUGGGCUGAAGCCAGAAACACUUGAAGAUGAUCUUGAUAAAUAUGCUGCAAGUGCCAUGAAAAUGAAAAAAGAAAAGGUUGAUCUUAAAGAAUUUUCAGCAUACUUGGAAUUUCCAGUUUCUCACACAUUAGAAAGUAUGUUUGCGCUUUUUGACGAGAAUGAAGAUGGCAUAAUUGACAUUCGGGAAUUUGUCAUUGCUCUGUCAGUUGUCUGUAAGCCAUCAAAAACUCUGGAAACGAUUCAGUUGGCGUUUCAGCUGUACCAGUCAGAAAAUGGAACUAUAGUAGAAGAGGAUUUAGCGCAUAUUCUGAAGACUGCCAUGGGUGUGUCACAGAUUAAUGUUACACAUCUCUUUAGAGCUGUAGAUGAAGAAGAAGAAGGAGAGAUUACGUAUGAUGACUUCUACAGAUUUGCUGAAUUGCACCCACACUUUGCAGAAGACUAUCUCUAUGCUGAUCAGCUGGGAGAUGAGAGUGGCAUGGAGACUUCAUCUCUUUCUGCUCCUAAUGGUAUCUGUACUGACUUCAGCCCUGACAACGCUGAAGAUAAAAACAAACCCCUGCAGAAGAAACUGAAUUAACACUACAACUGUUACCUUCCUCUCCUGGUGAGAGGAUUGUCUUUUCUUGGGAUUUUCAUAAGUCACUCCAACUAUACAACAAAUACAGUUUUGUGUGUGAAAGUUCUUCUACCUUAAUACCGUUCUUUGAAUCAUACGUGCUAUAUUUAACAACAUGUUCCAGGUUACUUUGGGGAAGGUGUUUUUAUUAUUUUCUUUUUUUUUCAAAAAGGUCUUUGAAAGGCAAAAAUGUGAAUGUGCUUCAUUAUUAAUGUUCAUAUUUAAAAGGAAGCGGCACACUUAUUUAUAUUCCAUUGGCUAGUUUCAUGUACAAAGUGUCGCACAAACUGUGCAUGUAUAAAGAAACUGUAGCUACUAUGGUGUUAAGUGCACUUUGGUGAUUAGUGUUUCCCUAGUUACGGGGAUGUUUAUUUGGGGCCAAACUUUGCUGUCCAUAUUUGCAUAGUCAGUCUUGUUGAUUUCAGUGGGAUUAUUCUCUUGAGCAAGGCAAGCAUAUUUUGGCCCUUUGUUUUGGUUUGAGUGAGCAGUUUGGAAACAAAAAUGCAAAAACUUGCUAAGGAUUACUUUUUAUUGUUGAAUGGCAAAAUUGUUUCUCUUUCAGUCUCUUCCAUGGUAGAAUGAAAAGGAAAGGCUCCCUUACCCCUCACCCCAACACUUUUCUACUGUAAUCUUUUGGAUGCAAUUAAACGUGAAUUUUUUUCCAAACUGACAUGCCACAUACUAUCUGCAAAUAUAUGACAAAACUCUGCUUUUUUUCUUAUAAUCAGUUCAAAUCAUGUCCACACAACAUCUGAAUGGGAGACAUUUACACAAUGUAUUUAAUCUCUGUUUAUCAGGAAUCACAGGUUUCUUUUGUAGCAAGCCUGUAUAUACAGAUAACUUAGCAUGUUACUGUUAUGGAAACUUUAUUGUAUCAGCACAAGUUUGGAAAGGUUGCAGUGACUUCAGAGGCCAAGCCAGCAACGAGUUGCAGAACAUCCUGAAGACAGAACUGCUAGUUAAAUCUCUAUAGCAACAUUAACUGUACUGCAUUUAUUUUCUUAUCUCUCCUUUUGUAAAGCCAGAUGCCUUAAUUACCAAUGGAGGUCUCAAAGAAAAAUUUAAAUUAUUAUAAAACCACAGAGCUUCACUGAUUAGGAAAUGUGACAAAAGCCACAAGGAGUAGGAAGGAGGAGACUGUUGCAAAAUAACUCCGAUGGCAGCUCUACUUCCAAACAAACAAAAAUUACUUUCAGGUCAUUUUUGUGACUAAUUUUAUAGGGCUGCACUAAAAUAUGAUGCUUUUGUGAUUGGAAAACUGUUGAGAUUUGAAUCUUCCACUUGUUAGAGUGAUUUAAAACUAGAUUUGAAAGGCGGGGGGGGGUUAGCAGAAGGAAAGGAAAUGUGUUUGCACCAAAUGCCUUUAUUACUAUUUUUUAAAUAGCAGGAGCUAUUUUAAAGCUCAUUAGGGUAUUGGAACGUGUCCUUAGAAAUCCCUAACUGUACGUGGCAAGUCUCCAAACUGAAACUGGCUUUAAGAGAAAGGGUAUGGGGAAAAAAAAAUGUAAGAAAUUAUGCUUUCUGUGGGGUAUGUGGACGUAGGUCUUCAUUUGGAGAUAAUAAUUAAACUUUUGAUUUAUCUGUGUAACACAUGCCAAGCUGACAGGGCUGUAGCAGACUGGCAGACAAGAUUUGAGUUAAAACUGAUCAUGAAAAAUAGGAGAAAUGGUUUGGAAAAAUAAGGCAUGUAAGGAAUUACACUUAGGUAGGAAUAGUCAGCUGCACAAACGGAGGAGGGAGUGGGUGUUACUGCAUAAAACAUCUUGGGGCAGGGAUGGUACAGAGUGUGACAAACUGAGCACCGUUAACACAUUGCUGCAGAGAAGAUACUCGUUAUGGUGGGAUGCAUCAACAGUGUAGCCCGUGAGAAGUGUGGUGGUAUUUCUGCGUUACCAAGGUGUGAUAAGGCCUACCCUGAAGUACCUGCCCAUGCUGGGACACUUGAGAAAGAUGGGGAGUACCUGGAUAGAGUCUGGAGGACAGAAGAUACUCAAAGAGGAAAAAAGAGAGAGAUUAAAAGAAGUAUUAAUCCAAAGAAGAGGAGACUGAAGGAAGGUGUGAAAACGGUCUUCAAAUAUGGAAAAAGUUGCUAUAGAGAAGAUAGGAGCAGUCUUUUCUCCAUGUGUAUGGCAAAUACAGGCUAUUCAUUUAAAAGGCAAAUUAAGCAUUAGGAAAAUUUCCUUACAAUACACCUAGUUAAGCUAAGGAGAAUGGGUUAUUCCAGGUGGGGUGAGGAGCCUUCUUUCACUGAAGGUUUUGAAAACACUUGAUUUUGUUGAUCGUGCCCCAGGGUCAUAGGGAUACGUCCUGAGGUCUACUUUCCGUGAUUAUACAGAAUGUAUUUUAGUUGGUAUGUAAGGGAGGAAGGCACAUGAACUGUGGUCUGGGUGUAUCGCCAUCUCCUCUGCAAGACUUUUUUACCUCAAACCAGGACAGGCAUGUGGCUCAAGCUGACUUUCUUAAAGUAGUUGUCUUUUGCUUUGUACGUGAGCUUGGGAAUCUGAGAAUUUCAGAGUGCAGGGGAUGAGAUAGAGUUCCCUGAGACAUGUAUCUGAAAAGAAGAAAAAAGGUAAGCUUAGUAUCCCGUGGACACCUUUGGGGUGAGAGAAGCUCCAGAGGAAGAGAUGCUCCAUUCACACCUGUGAAAGAGCAAAGCAAGCUGAUUGAAAUUAGCUAAAUAGGAGCGUGCCUAAUUUGCACGUAUGCUGUGUGUAGCUUGGGGAUCCAUCUUCUGAAAACCAAAGGGUUCGUUUGGUUUCCUACCUGUUUUGGUGAGGGAGAUGUUUUCUAAUUGUGGUGAGUGUAACGACUGCCCUUGAGUGCAGCUAAGCUGUGCAGAGUGCUUGGGCUGACGGGCGCUGCCGCCUGCAGUAGAUGGGCCCUUAGACAGAGGCCACACUGCGUGGUGAAGAGGCGCUGGAAGUCAUGUGUGGCAGGGAUUUCGGUCCAGAGGCGCUGGAAGUCAUGUGUGGCAGUGAUUUUGGUCCAGAGCUGCUGCUGAAGGACAGUGCGCAGCGCCUUGUUUGCUUGGUGAGCAAGUACUCUUGGUGGAAACAACCAUUUAAAAACCAACCAAACAAAAAAGCCCAAACCACACACACAAAACAUCACUUAGAUUCUGUAAUGAAUUGCGGUGCUCCCUCUUUUGUGAGGCUGUUGAACGAGGUAGAGACGUAACAGGAUGAAUUAUAGGGUGAAGUCCUGAUCAGCCUGCAUGGAAGCAUUACUAGAUCACACGUAAUGUCAGAAAAGCUGAGAUUAAUUGAUAUAGUUUAGGUGACUUGCAUCUGUAGGAUAUAAGACUGUAAUAUUAGGCUGCCUCGUAGUAGUAGGGUGGUAAACUUGUGGCUUUCUUGAGGGCUGAGCCCUGUAAGACACUGCAUUGCCGCAGCAAUGUUCAUUACAGCUCACCUAGUAAACUCUGGCUGCUGAAAUGUUUCAGUAGUUCCACAUAAUUAGCCUUUUGAAAAGGCAGCGGACCAUGGAACAGCUGGGUUGUGACAGCCAAGUUUCAGUGGCUUCCUUUCCCCUCCACCAAGCCCUGACAUGUAAGUGCUUUCAAUUAAAGUAUCACAGAUUUUACAAACACAUUGUUUUAUUUUAACUGGCGAUAUCAACAGCCCCUAAAUUUACAGGGAGACAUAUGAAGAGAUUACUUCAGUUCUUUGCAACAAUUUAACUUAAUAAAUGGUCCUUAUGCCAAAAAAAUGCUGGAGUGUGAAGGCAUUUGACGUUUCUGAAUGAGCAUUUUAUCACUUUCAUGCAAUACUGCCAUCCCUUGCCAGUACAGCUCUUGCAUCGGACUGAAAUUCUAUAUAUUGUAUGAGACACCCAGCCAAAGCUUUGCUAUUCUGUUAUUGUUGAAGAAGUAUACUCUGUAUUUUGUAUGUAUUUAAAGUAACGCAGAAAAUCACGAAAUCCAAGACAUUUAAAAAGUCUUUUUUUAAUUAUUUUUAUUUUUUGCUUCAUUUAUAUUUCCUCACACAUAAUAAAAACCCCACUAAAAGCGUGCAAAAAUUUCAAAGGUGCAAAGCGUGUUUAAACCACAGCAGGGCACGUGCUAUUAGAGAUUCCUCGGGAGUCCGCUGCUGGAGGCAGAUACACUUAAAAGGCGGUACAGGCAAUCUGUAAGCCUUAUGGAAAAUUGGGUUGUACGCCUAGUUUUUGUGCCAGUAAAUUACACUGUACGUUUUGAGGUAUUUAUUGUGGCUAGGCUAAUCUCCCUGUGAUAAAAAGCAGCCAGGCUUGUGUGUGUGUGUGUGUUUGCUAAUCCCACUUGGAAGGUGUAAAUCCUUAAGUCACAAAGGUUGAGGAGGAGACACGUGUGCAGUAAGGAAGUGAUGCAACCUCUUCAGUGGCAAAGCCCACGGAAGUAAAUAGUUUUAUACGUAGCUGUUUAUUAAUGUUUUCAUGCAAACUGAAUAGGUUUGUUUGCUAGUUUAAGCAUUGGGCUGGAUGGAAUGUGUCUUUUACUCAUUAAUAAGUAGUAAAUGUUUUUCCAGAAGAGGGAUCGUUGCACUUUAACAUUUGCAUAGCUUGAUAAAUUUUCUAAAGCAGAUGUAUUUGUAUUCAUUUAUGAGUUCCCUUACAAGGCCAUCUUUGGUAUUGCCAUUAAGUUAUUUUUCCUAUUUCGUAUUAUCAUGCAGUAAAUACAGCUUUUUGUGUUGACUGUUUCAGUCACAUUCUGCUCUUCGCUCCUUCAAAAAUGUCAUUCUCCCUUAAAAAAAGAUGGGGGGGAGAGGGGGGGGAAAGACUCAGGUUCUGCAGCUUGUAUUCUUUGAGUGCCGUGUGCUGUAGAUCCCGUGAUCUCAGAAAAAGUAUAUAAGCGCAGCUUUGCGUAUAUUAUGGGCCUGAACUAGGAUGCAAAAAAAACCCAAAACAAUCUGAUAAAUUUAACUAAGUGUAAUUUUCCUUCAGGUCAGACUGCGUCUUAUAAGACCUUCUGAAGUGUUGCAUUUUGCUUAAUGUGAAGCUUCUGCUUUUUUCUAGCAGCACUUUCAUGAGCGUCCUAGCAUUAAGAAAUUACAAAUGUGUUGGCCAAGAGUUUUACAUGAGCGAAAUCUAAGCUCAACUCCUAAACUCAUAUUGAAGGACAGAAGUUCCCCGUGAACCAAGCGCUUCGGAGGGCUUGUUAUUUUCUAGGUAUCUGAACUUCAGCUAAUUUGGAAAACUUCAAUUACCUGGUUAAUAUGGCUAGAUCCUUUACAAAAAAAAAAAAAAAAAAAAAAAAAGGAAAGAAGAAGGGUAGGUCCAACAGUUUCAAAUGGAAAGUAAGAAUUUGUAACCAGUGCCACUGAUAAUUAAUUAUUAAUUAAAUAAUCAGUCCAGCAAAACCACAAGAUCUGUUUCACAGAUGAGCAGGAAGACUGAGGUUGUCAUUCAGGUAAUUUGGCGGUCCCAGCUAAGUAGAAAUUAAGCCAGCGGUUCUUCAUCCAGAGGAUGAUACCUUGAAGAUCCUGCAGCAUCUUGUAUCCCAAUAAUGUUUGGGUUACGGACAGCACAGUUUCAUGUGCUCUCCCUGCCUUUUUCCUAUGGAGACUGGAAAAAAGUAUUCACACCGUGACAGGAAAGUUGUAAGACCUCCUUAGAGGUAAAAUCCUCCAGCACCCACCACCUCAGAGGAACAGACAGGAUCGUUCUGUGCUGUAGCUGAGGCAGUGAACUGGGUGCACACGUUAGUCGUGGUGGUGGCGACGGGCGUAAACGGUACAAUAUUGAGGUAAAACUACUGAGGGAAUGCAGCAGCAAAGAGAUCGUCCCUUAGACGUGCCUGGACUUGCGUCUGUGAACAUUUCCUGCAUUUCAUAGUGAUGAAGGCAGUUUCUUUCUCUAGGAAACCUCUCCGGUUUAUUUCAAGAUAUUAAUUAUUUUGUUUUUUACAAGCGGAGGGAUUUGUUUUGUAGAAAACGUCUUCUUUUUCCCCAGAUGGUAUCAUGUGCUUUAUCAUGGCUAAUGGGAUUAAAUCCAAGUGGGUGAUACCAGGAGAGCAGAGGAUUUAAGAGGCUUAUAGAACGGAGGGGUUAUGUUUCUGCGAAAUACACCAAGGCCUUUUCACAGCAAUUGACGCUCCACCAAAAUUGUCUUGCAAGUUCGUUAGGCAAAAUAAUUUUAGUAGUUGUGUGAGGGCAGCGGCUGCUUGUUCCAUUUUCUUUUGCAAAGUGGCAGAGCAGAGUGCUCCUGUGCAGGGUGACUGCGGGAGGCCGUCUGUAACCGGUACAGACUUACUUGGUUUUUAAAUGAUGAGUCUUUUGGGAAUGGAAACAGUAGAAUCACCUUGGCACAGAUUGCACCUGAGUAAGUUAUUCUAGUAGUUAACUUAUUUGGUUUGGGGUUGGUUUGGUUGGGUUUUUUUGCCAACACAGUUGUCGUUGUUCUUUAUUCUG